AUGUUGUCAUUCGGCGCGGCUCGGACGCGUCUAGGUCGCGUAGCCACAAGGUCGAUCUUACGAACACGGGCUAGGCAUUUUUCUUCAACAAAAAGCACAUCUUCAAACUUGACGCGGUAUAUCUUGACAGCCGGUGCGAUCAGUACGUCUGGCCUGUGGUGGUUGAUCACUCCCCGCGAUGGUGUACCGCAUCUGGAAAGUCCGCCAACUGACCACUUGGUCGCUGAGCACGGUCCUUCUAAAGAGGAGGUAACGCGUAUGAUAUCGCAAGAUGCGUAUUCAUUCGCAGUGAAAAAUGUUGCCGGGGUCGAUAGAUACGAUGGCACGCAAUUGGCGUCGAAUAGUCUGUGUGAGGACCGUUUCACCCAUGGUAAACUGCCCUCCCCGUUGAAUGACGGCAGUCAGUGGAUGACCUGGGCGGUUUUCGACGGACAUGCUGGUUGGCAGACUGCAGAGUUGUUAAAAGACCAACUGUUGCCCUUUGUGCGACACAGCCUGAGCCAAGUCAAGCCAACCUCGGAUGAAAAGAAUGUACCCGAGGAGCUGGUUCAAAAUGCCGUGAUUAAGGCGUUUGUCGACCUCGACGACGCGAUUAUCAAGACAGCACUGGAGACAUCCCAGAGCAGCGAGUCAUUACAGGACAAGAUCAAGAAGUUGGCUCCCGGUUAUGCUGGUUCAUGCGCUCUCCUAUCCAUGUACGAUUCUGCUUCGAGCAAACUGCAUGUGGCAUGUACAGGCGAUUCCAGAGCCGUCUUAGGACAGAAAGGACCAGACGGAAAGUGGGAAGCGAUACCAUUGUCAGUAGACCAAACUGGCAGUAAUCAAGACGAAAUUGCCAGGAUCGACAAGGAGCACCCAGGAGAAGAAGGCAUAUCCAAGAAUGGACGGGUUCUGGGGAUGAUGGUCUCUCGGGCCUUUGGCGAUGGUCGGUGGAAAUGGUCUUUGGAUUUGCAGCAGGAGCUGAAGAGACGAUUCGGUGCUCCAUCGCCUCUGACGCCGAGAUACAACGUCCAAACACCGCCAUAUCUGACUGCCGAGCCGGUCGUGACAACUACCAAGAUUGACCCCAGCCGACCAUCAUUCUUGAUCAUGGCAACAGACGGUAUGUGGGAUGUGCUGUCUAACCAACAAGCUGUUGAUUUGGUUGGGAAAUGGGUGGAAUCCGCGGCAGGUCAGAAGGGAAGCAGCACACCAGAGCCAGAGUAUGAACCCUUCGACUUUGGUGAGUUUCGAAAAGACGAGGAUUGGAGAUUUAAAGAGGGAAAAACGACAGUCCAAGAUGACAAUGCCGCUGUGCAUUUGGUGAGGAACUCCCUCGGUGGCAAUCAUCAUGAGAUGGUGGCAGGUCUACUCGCCUUGGGAUCUCCAUUCUCCCGGAAUAUACGCGAUGACAUGACGGUGCAGGUGGCUUUCUUCAAUGUUCCUGGCUUGGGAAAUAAAUAG